CGUCAUCAGCUUCACGACACAUUAAUCAGCCAAGUGUUCUAGUCACUAAUUCCGCAUCCUCAUCUCUCGCAUCUGUCUCUCUGCCGGUAGCGCGAGCCACACAGCGCAGCCAUGGCCAGCAACGAUCAGCGGGGGCUACAUUAUGAACAAACUUUGAUGUAUGGUCACUACACCCAGGAGCUGGGGGCAUAUGCUAAAGAAGAGGCAGUUCGCCUGAGGGAGGAGGGGGGGCGGAGGCCCCCAGUCACAGAACGCUCACGCUCCCUGGAACUCCUGGAGAACGAAAAGGGCCGAAGCGCUAAGUGUCGCAUCUGUACGGUGCGCUGUCAGAAGUUCCUCAUCUCUUGUGUUGGUGAAGACUGGAUCUUCCUCAUCCUCCUGGGUCUAUCCAUGGGUCUGCUCAGCUGGGUGGUCGACAUCGGUAUCGGCAUCUGUCUACAAUCACAGAAGUGGAUGUACGUGAGCCUGGAGAGUAAUGUGUUUCUCCAGUACCUGGCCUGGGUCUCCUACCCUGUGCUGCUCAUCACCUUCUCAGCUGGCUUCACACAGAUACUGGCCCCACAGGCUGCAGGUUCAGGUAUCCCAGAGAUAAAGACCAUUCUGAGGGGUGUAGUGCUGAAAGAAUACCUCACCUUUAAAACCUUUGUGGCCAAAGUCAUUGGCCUCACCUGUGCCCUGGGCAGUGGCAUGCCUCUGGGCAAGGAGAGUCCGUUUGUUCACAUUGCAAGUCUGGGUGCUGCACUCCUCUGCAAGUUCAUGUCUCUGUUUGGAGGAAUCUAUGAGAAUGAGUCGAGGAACAUUGAGCUGUUGUCAGUUGGCUGCGCUGUGGGGGUGAGCUGUGUUUUCGCUGCCCCUGUAGGAGGGCUGCUGUUCAGUAUUGAGGCAAUGUCUACGUUCUUCGCUGUGAGGAACUACUGGAGAGGGUUCUUCGCAGCUACAGUCACUGCCUUCAUGUACAGAAUCCUGGCCGUGUGGAACAGAGAACAGGUGACCAUCACAGCUCUGAUACAAACCAAUUUCCGUCAGGACUUCCCCUUUCAUCUCCAGGAGCUCCCAGCCUUCGCUUUCAUUGGUAUUGCCAGUGGUUUUGGCGGGGCGUUGUUUGUCUUCCUGAACAGACAGAUAGUCCAGUUAAUCAGGAACCAGAAGACCAUCAAAAAGUUCCUCAUGAAGAAGCGUCUUCUGUACCCAGCUCUUGUCACUCUGCUUGUGUCUACAAUAACCUUUCCCAACGGCUUCGGACAAUUCAUGGCAGCCAAGCUGACCCAGAUGGAGUCCCUGCAGACGUUGUUAGACAACCAGACGUGGUCCAAGCAGGGCACAGCCGAGGAGUUUGACUACAACAGCAACUCCCAGGCCUGGAAACACCCCCAGGUCAACGUCUUCGUUACCCUCACCCUCUUCGUCGUCAUGAAGUUCUGGAUGUCUGCUCUGGCCAUGACCAUCCCUGUUCCCUGUGGAGCCUUCAUGCCCGUCUUCGUCAUUGGGGCAGCGUUUGGCCGUCUGAUCGGGGAGAGCAUGGCCACCUGGUUCCCUGAUGGCUUCCACUCUGAUGGCACCAUCUACCCCAUAGAGCCAGGAGUGUAUGCAACCGUAGGUGCGGCGGCCCUGUCUGGAGCAGUCACUCACACAGUGUCGACCGCAGUCGUUGUGUUUGAGCUGACAGGUCAGAUCAGCCACAUCGUGCCGGUGAUGAUAGCGGUGAUACUGGCCAACGCUGUAGCCCAGUCCCUUCAGCCCUCGCUAUAUGACUCCCUCAUCAUGAUCAAGAAAUUACCCUACCUCCCUGAACUGGGCUGGGGACACCACGAGAAGUAUAAUAUUCGUGUGGAGGACAUCAUGAUCAGGGAUGUGACGUACAUCACCCUCAAUUGCUGCUACAGAGACCUGCAUGAUGUACUGCUGGCUGGACACCUCAAGACCCUGGCCCUGCUCGAGUCCAGUGAGUCGAUGAUCCUGCUGGGUUCUAUUGAGCGUGCCCAGCUCCAGGCCCUCCUGUCCCUACAGCUGGGCCGACCACGGAGGCUGAAGUACAUGAGAGACCGGGCUACUGCUGAGAAGAAGCGCCUGUCGAUGGUCUCCCACCCAAGCAGCGAGGACGGCUCCACCAUGGUCAACCAGGAGGUCCGCUUCCAGAUCUCCACAGAGGAGUCUUCCUUCAGUCCCACCCCUACCCCAUCCAUGAAACCACUGAAGCCGGCCCUGAAGAGACCCUCUCUGGUGGACCGCCCUACUGAGAUACCCAUGCCCACAAGUCCACAGGACCACUCUGGCAGAACCUUAAAGAACCUCUUCUGUGUCAAACCUGAUAUAGAAGGCUUGGAGGAUGACUUCGAUGUGGAUGAUGACAUGACCAUCAGAGAGAUUGCAGAGUGGGAGGAGAACCAGCUUGACGAGCACGUGAAUUUCGACAACUGCAUGAUCGACCCCGCCCCCAUCCAACUGGUGGAGCACACCUCACUACAUAAGACCCACACCAUCUUCUCUCUGCUGGGGUUGGACCAUGCCUAUGUCACCAGCAUUGGACGACUCAUCGGAGUGGUGUCCCUCAAAGAGCUGCAGACGGCCGUCGAGGGCUCUGUGGCGGUGAGGGGGGUGAAUGUGCGCCCCCCUCUGGCCAGUUUCCAGGACAGCGGCACCAGUGGCACCAUUAGAAACAACGAGAACGAAGCCAGAGAUCUCCACAAGCUGUGGAACCGCCGAAAGUCCAUGUCCGUCCCCCGGGAGCACCGGGCCUCCGACUCUGACGAGAAGUCCAAGUGAGGUGGACGGGGAUAGGUUGACGGGGAUGGG